AUGGCGCGCCGGGACAGUCCUCCUGCGGUUACGCUGUACCUUGACCAGCAAUCGCCAUCGUCACCAACCGCCCAGUCCGCGUUGCCGACCCCCCGGUUCAUCAGCAGCAUAUUGACAGUGAGCAUCGCGACGUUGGGUACGGAGACGGCGAGGUCACCGAGGACGGGGCAAACGCGGCAAACGGGAACCACCAGUAGUCCCUCUUCCACCGCCGCCGUCGCCAGCACAUCUUCAACCGACGGGUCGCUUCCAGUAGCCGCCGUCGUGGCCGUGACCGUGAGCGCCGCGCUUCUCGCCUUUGCUGGGGUCUUCAUCAUGUUUGCCUGCCGCCGUCGGGCCGCAAAGCGCAAACGGGCGUCGGCCCCGUACGAGACCAUGCGGGGUGGAGGGUAUCAAGGAGGAUCCGAGUCGGGUACGCCACACACAGAUAGCACCUCGCCAUCAACCUCUUCCUCUCCCUCCCUCUCGGCCCAAGCAUUGGUAGACUUGGGCCUCUGCGGCAGCAACGAUGUGCGGCUUCCCCUUCGCAAAAUCCCCCCACCCACGUCCAGCCGUCAGAGCAUCGACACGGCCACGGCGUUCAACUUCUACCAGCCGGAACGACAAUUCCACCGCCCGUCCCUCACCGAACUACCUGCCACACCACUCCCUCGUCUCGCCAGAAUAGUUCCUCCCCGGUUAUCACCGCCACGACGGAAAUCCGUUCCACCACCUCUCCAAACGCAGCCCACAAUUCAAAAACAGAGCCGGAAGACCGCGGCCAACAGCGGACGGGUCACCACCUACCGCAACCCGUCCGGCGAGCUCUGGAAGCCUGUCUCUCCGCCCGCGGCCCCGCUGCCCGCACUUCCCACAACACCGACCUCGGUCACGGCAGUGGCGGGGCGCUCUUUACGGGUCCAGCCGGAAGGCCGAUCGCGGGAUCUCUUUUCGUUGUUUCCCCGGCCGCAGUCGCAGUUGCAGCCGCAGCAGCAGUGGCAGAGCACGAAGACGCAACACGCACGCUACAGUCAACCGGGCCGCACAGCAGCAGCAGCAACAUCACACACUCUCCCUACGACGGCAGCAGAAACUGCCGCGAUUACGCCGGCCGUUCAUCCUGUCAAACGAAACUUUUCACGGCCUGCUCGUCAGCCCACCACCCCAUCAUCCAACGAUAGCGGAACAGCCCUGCAACUGCAACUGCAACAAUACCAGCCCCAUCAGCCGCACCAACAGAACCAGGGGAAGCACCACAGACGGCAACAGCAACAGAACCAGAACCAGAACUACAACUAG